UCUGUGGUAAUUUUAGUUAGACAGCCAAAAAAAGCAAGAGAAAGUUUGUUACUUCAUUUAAGUAUUAAUAAUGAAUACAUUAUUUAUUGACACAUUCGACAAUAUUUUUUGUGCAUACAUUUUGUUUACGGUACGUACUUGAGUGUAUUGUAUCGAGCCAGCAAAGUUUAGACGGUAGAUAAGGAGUGAGUGCAUUGCUUGUGAAGUGUCGUGUCGUGUGGGAGUGUUUACUGGAGCCAAGACGUCGCGUCGGAGCUUCCCUGGCGCGGGUUGGAGGGUCCGCGCGACCGACAGAAUUAAGAUCCAGAUAAUGGAUGAAGCAAACUUCUGCAGUAAUCUUCCUGGUUUGCAAAACUUCAGACACUGCUAGGCUGCCGAAGCUUACUGCUAUUUUAUACAAAUUUAGAGCAGGACAGAUAGAAGUCAUGACUAGGAUGACGCGGGCACUCGGAGCAUGUGCAUAUGCUCUCAGAUACUGAAGAACGUGUGGAGCUCCUACCAUACGGGGAAGGGUGAGGUUACACGUAAUGGUGAGAUGGCGCGGAGGCGCGUGACGCGCAAGUGGGAGGUGUUCGCGGGCCGCAACCGCUUCUGGUGCGACGGGCGCCUCAUGACCGCGCCGCAGCCCGGGGUCUUCCUGCUGACCCUGGCGCUGGUCGCGGCCACCUCCGCGCUACACCUCGCCUUCGACGGGCCGUAUCUAGCCCGUCGCGUGUCCCCCGCGCUGCCGGCCGCGGGCGCCGCGCUCGCAGCCCUGACGCUGUGCGCGUUGCUGCGGACUGCGCUCACGGACCCCGGCAUCCUGCCUCGCGCGGCGCCCGCCGAGGCAGCCCUCGACGCCCCCACGGCCACGGCUGCCAGGCCGCCGCCUCGAGCGAGGGAGGUGCUAGUCCGGGGACGCGUAGUGAAACUAAAGUACUGUUUCACGUGCAAGCUGUUCCGGCCGCCGCGCGCGUCCCACUGCUCGCUCUGUGACAACUGCGUGGAGAGGUUCGACCACCACUGCCCAUGGGUGGGCAACUGCGUCGGUCGACGGAACUACCGCGCGUUCUACACGUUCGUGGUGUCUCUCUCGUUCCUCGCCGUGUUCGUGUUCGCGUGCGCCGUCGCGCACGUGGCGCUCGAGGCCAGGUCCAUGGGCCUGGCCGCCGCGCUAAGAAAGGAGCCAGCGUCAGCGUUGGCGGCGGGGGUGUGCUUCCUUUCCGUGUGGUCUGUGCUGGGUCUGGCCGGCUUCCACACGUACCUCGCUUCCACAGACCAGACUACUAAUGAAGAUAUUAAGGGUUCAUUCUCGUCGCGGCGCGGCAGCGGCAACCCGAACCCGUACUCGCGCGGCAACGCCUGCGCCAACUGCUGGCACGUGCUGUGCGGCCCGCUAGCGCCCAGCCUUAUAGACCGGCGCGGCAUCGUGACCCCGGACAACCACGAGGACUUGCCGCCCGCCUUCGUGGCGGCGCUGGCCGCGCCCGCGCCCGUCACGCUGCAGCCCGCCGCCGACCACAACGCAGGUACCGGCAGUUACAGCAACCUGUUCACAGUGACGCCGGUGGGCAACCACGCCUACCUCAACCACAGUCUCGACCUCGACCCCACGCCUCUCAACGAGGUGUGCAUCGGCGGUUCGACGGUCCCCAGCGCCGCGACGAGCGGCACCGUCAGUACGGUCGCCAACAGCAGCGCCGUCAGCGCGCUCAGUGCGGCGCGGCUGCGGCUGUUGCACGACACCACCAUGAUAGACGCGGCUCUAGACCUGGACGAGCCCGAGCCGCCGCCGCACCUGCACACCGUCACGCCGCCGCGGAUCGCGACCGCCCAGCUCUGACCAGAGCUCUUCGCUGUAAUAAUACGCUAUUUGUACAAAUACCUUAUUAUUCUUGUAAGAUUUUUGAGACUCGCUUUAUGAGGAAUAAAUAUAAUUAUCUAAUUUGUUGG